AUGUCGUCCAUCCUCCGCCCCCUCGCCAAGACGGCUGCCGCCGCGACCGCCCGCCGUGGCCUCGCGACCCCCACCACCCUCCCCAACCAGAGCCUGCUCCAGAACGUCCUCCCCGCCAAGGUGCCCGCCGCCCUCUUCCUCAAGUCGGGCCAGGAGUACCACGGCACUGGCUUUGGCUCGUCCAACUCAAAGUUUGGCGAGACCGUCUUCAGCACGUCGAUCACGUCGUACACCGACUCGCUCACCGACCCCUCGUACCGCGGCCAGUUCUUGGUCUUCACCUCGCCCAUGGUCGGAAACUACGGCGUCCCCUCCAACGCCCCCCUGCCUGAGACUCCUGGCAUCCCCUUCCUCGAGUCGGACGGCAUGCAGGUUGCCGGUGUGAUCGUCUCGGACCUCGCCGUCAAGUACUCGCACUACCAGGCCGUCGAGUCGCUCCACGAGUGGUGCGCUCGCUACGACAUCCCCGGUGUCACUGGUGUCGACACCCGUGCCAUCACCACCCUCCUCCGUGACCAGGGUACCACUCUCGGCCGUAUCGCUAUCGGUGCCGACGAGGUCGCCAAGGGCGCCCCUGCCCAGGACGCCUACUGGGACCCUUCCAAGGAGAACCUCAUCUCGCAGGUCUCCACCAAGCAGCCCUACGAGCUCAACCCCAACGGCAAGGGCCCCAAGAUUGCCGUCCUCGACUUUGGCACCAAGGCCAACAUCACCCGUUCGCUUGUCAAGCGCGGUGCCCGCGUCACUGUCCUCCCCUGGGACUUCGACUUCAACACCGUCCGUGACCAGUACGACGGUCUCUUCCUCUCCAACGGCCCCGGUGACCCCAUGUCCAUCUACGACACUGCCAUGCGUGUGCGCCAGACCAUUGCCGAGUGGAACAAGCCCAUCUUCGGCAUCUGCAUGGGCCACCAGAUCCUCGGUAUCGCCGCCGGCAUGGAGGCGUACCGCAUGACCUUUGGCAACCGUGGCCACAACCAGCCCGUGCUCGCCCUCGCCAACUCGGCGUCCAUCAAGGCCGGCCGCGUCUACGUCACCUCGCAGAACCACCAGUACGCCCUCAAGCUUACCGAGGACUUCCCCGAGGGCUGGGCCCCCUUCUUCAUCAACUGCAACGACUCGUCGGUCGAGGGCAUCAUUUCGACCCCCGAGUCGGGCAAGCAGAUCUGGGGCGUCCAGUUCCACCCCGAGUCGGCCGGCGGUCCUCUCGACACCAUCGGCAUGCUCAGCGACUUUGUUGACGCCUGUGCUGCCGGCGCCACUGGCGGCUCGGCCCACAUUGGUGCCGACCAGGUCAAGGUCAACCCCCACCACGUCUCGCAGCCGUCUGCGUAA